ACAACUGCUUUGAGGUGAUGGAGCGUGUGAAGGCGUUCGCUGCCAAGGAAGGUCGUCAACCACGUAUCAUGGUAGCCAAGAUGGGUCAAGAUGGCCACGACCGUGGAGCUAAAGUGGUAGCCACUGGAUUCGCUGAUCUUGGAUUUGAUGUUGAUGUCGGACCACUGUUCCAAACACCAGCCGAAGCUGCUCAGCAAGCUGUAGAUGCUGAUGUACAUGUAGUUGGAGCAAGCAGUCUUGCUGCUGGACAUCUUACGCUGGUGCCCCAGUUAGUUCAGGAACUUGCCAAGCUGGGAAGAGAAGACAUCCUAGUGGUUGUUGGUGGUGUGAUUCCUCCACAGGAUUAUGACGCUCUCUACAAAGCCGGUGCAUCGCUGAUUUUCGGACCUGGAACGAGACUUCCAACUUGUGCCAACCAGGUAAAUUACUGUUUUGUGAAAAAUAAACGAAAUCUUGGCUUUGUUGGCCAUCCAACUGGUAGGUACUGA